GGGUCGCAUUCAACAGGAACAGAGAAAAGGAGGAACAGGUCGCAUUCAACAGGAACAGAAAAGAAGAGGGAGAGAGAGAGAGCGCACUGAUUCAAAGUUUUGAGUUAAAUCGCAAAGAAACCAAAAGAAGUGCGAGACGAGGCAACACUGAGUGACACACCACCUUCAGUCACCGAUUCUGCCAUGAAGUGGAAUUGAAGAUGUAAUUUCCAUGAGUUGUGCUUCAAGUUUCGAUGUGAUCCUAUUCUCCAAAUGUUCCUCUUGUUCAUAUGAAGAAGAAGAAGAAAUCAGAUACAGAAAGGCAGCAUGACGACUACAAUGAAUUUAAGAGCAAUGAAGAUAAAGAUGAUAGUCAAUACAAAAUGAAGGAGUGGAAGAAGAAAACACUGAUGGAAGUAGGAAAAAGUAAGGAGUAUAAUGAAUUUGAAAGAAAUGAAGGUGAAGGUGAAGAUGAUGCCCAUAGUAAGAAGAGGAAGAAGAAAAAAUGGAGUAGAGAAAGCAAAAGUAAGGAGUAUGAAGUCUUUGAAAAGAAUGAAGGUGAAGGUGAAGCUGAUGCCAAAGGUAAGGAGAGGAAGAAGAAAAAACUGAGGGAAGAUGACAAAUGUAAGGAGUAUGAUGAGUUUGAAAACAAUGAACGUGAAGAUGAUGCCCAAGGUAGGAAGAGAAAGAAGAAAAAAUGGAGUAAAGAAAGCAAAAGUAAGGAGUGUAAUGUCUUUGAAAGGAAUGAAGGUGAAGAUGAUGUGAAAGAUAAGAAGAACAACAAACUGAGUGAAGAAGCAAAAAGUAAGGAGUAUAAUGAAUUUGACAGCAAUGAAGUUGAACACAAUGCCCAAGGUAAGAAGAAAAAAAUGAGUAAAGAAAGCAAAAGUGAAGAGUAUAAGGUCUUUGAAAGGAAUGGAGGUGAAAGCUAUUCCGAAGGUAAGAAGAGGAAGAAGAAAAAAUUGAGUACAGAAAGCAAAAGUAAGGAGUAUGAAGUCUUUGAAAAGAAUGAAGGUGAGGGUGAAGGUGAUGUAAAAGGUAAGGAGAGGAAGAAGAAACAACUGAGGGAGGAAGGCAAAAGUAAGGAAUUUGAAAACAAUAAUGGUGAAGAUGAUGCCCAAGGUAGGAAGGGGGAGAAGAAAAAGUUGAGUAAAGAAAGCAAAAGUGAGGAGUAUAAUGUCUUUGAAACGAAUGAAGGUGAAGAUGAUGCCAAAGGUAAGAAGAAGAGAAAAAAACAUGGUGAAGAAAGCAAAAGCAAGGAGUAUAAUGAGUUUGAAAAUAACGAAGGUGAAGGUGAUGCCCAAGGUAAGAAGAGGAAGAAGAAAAAAUUGAGUAAAGAAAACAAAAGUAAGGAGUAUAAUAUAUUUCAAAGGAAUGAAGGUGAAGACAAUGUUGAAGGUAGGAAGAGUAAGAAGGAAAAAAUGAUUGAAGACAGCAAAAGCAAGGACAAAAAUAUAAUGACAAAGAAGAAAGCCAAGGAAGAUAAUGGUGACUCUUCUAAUCCUGAACACACUGUAUUAUCCAAACCCAAACGGGUAACUUUUUCUGAUCAAGUGGAUGUUUGUUGUGAUGGCUUAGUCCGUGGGAAACGGUUCACACCAGAAGAAGAUGAGCAGGUUAAAUCGGCUGUUUAUAAUUUUAUAGAGUCUCGUGGUUUGGGAGAUGAAGGUCUAGAUAUGGUUCUCCAUUGCCAGGCUCAUCGGGAAAUUAGACAUUGUUGGAAGGAAAUUGCAGCAGCCUUACCCCACAGGCCAGUGUAUAGUGUGUAUACUCGUGCCCAUAUUUUGUUUGAAAGGGGUGAGAAGCGAAGGUGGACACCUGAAGAGUAUGAAUUUUUACGGAAGGUCAAGGAACAACAUGGAUCUAAUUGGAGACAAGUAGCUGACGCAUUGGGCAAAAAUCGAAUUCAUGUAAAGGAUGCAUGGCGUAGAGUGAAAUUAAGAAAUACAAAUAAAGGACGAUGGACCCAAGAGGAGUAUCAAAAGUUAUUUGAUUUAGUGAACCUGGACCUACGUGUGAGCGCUUCACAGGGUUAUAGAAAAUCAAAACAUGGUAUGUUGCGAGAUAAUAUUGGUUGGGAGGCAAUUGGUGAAAAGUUGGCCACUAGAAACUCCGUGAGCUGCUGCCACAAGUGGUAUGAUAAAUUAAGAUCACCCAUGGUUGCUACUGGUGCCUGGAGUGAUACUGAUGACUAUCGCCUGGUCGAUGCUUUAUAUAAUUUGGAUGCGUGCUGCAUGGAGGAGGUGGAUUGGGACAAUCUGCUUGAGCAUAGGACUGGUGAGGCAUGUAGAAAACGGUGGAACCAAAUUGUCCGAUAUAUUGGGGAGCAUGGGGGGAAGCCAUUUGCUGAGCAGGUUGAAAUUCUUGCAAAAAGAUAUUGCCCCAACUUAUUGCAAGAAAGAGAGGCCUUUGAUGCAAAACCUUUGGUUUGUUGAGAUUAUGUUUAGAAAUGUGUAGGUUUAUGUAAUAAUAAUAAGUCACAGAGCAAAAAGGUAAGAUUUGGUUGUUUGGGCUAACGAGGAUGGUGGGUAUUUUGGGUAAGGAAGGUGUAAGGUAGGUUUUUGUUUUGGCUGGUAUUUCUCUUCGAAUACCUUUGCCAAUGAAACCGCUCGUAGGUUUUUGUUUUUGUUCUGAACCAUUUGAAAAAAAAUCAAAUUCUCCAACUCUUUGAUUUUUA